CAGAGGACAAGACAGCUACAAGAAGGAGAUACUGCCAGAGUGAAGACAACAGCAAAGGGGACAACAUACUGUACUCCACAUAGAGAGCAUCAAGGUGACAUAGAAUAUAGCAGCAAGUUACCUAGUCCAGUAAGUACAAUGAAUGCAGAUGGCAAGCCUGUUCCCCUACGCUGCGUACUAAUGACUAUCAGUAUGGGGGUUCUGGUUCUUCUCAGCGCCUGUCCUGCCUGCACACACAAGAACAGAGGAUCUAAAUUUGAGGAUACCUCCAGCACAGUUCUGCCUUCAAUGAAGAUUCCCGUGCUUACACCCCCACAACAAAAUAAUGACACCACAGUAGGGAAGAUAUUGAGGAAAGGGACAGAAGAGCAACCUCCCAAGGUGUCCCCCAAAUACUCCUGGCUGUUUUUUCUCAAGCACUCUGACCGUGAAGCAAAACACAAAAGAAGGGGACAUGAAGACUCCUGGCGAAAUCACCACUCGGGUCCAGUUGGUUCUCCAGCACCAUCAAGGCACCAUAGUCACCACACCAAACAUAAUUCCAGGGAGAAGAAGCUUUCCCAGUUCCUGCAGCUCCUGAGUAAUGUUCUGCUGAAACAGAAGGAUGGCGAAUUAUCUCUUACUCCUCCGAGUUCUCCGUCUGUGCUCCCGUCAAAAGUGCAGGCAGCCUUUACCUGUAAGACCGUAAGCGAUAUUCAUGUGGAACCUGGAGAGAUAGUGGAAGUUCAGAAUUACCAACGGCCUCUUUUAGAAGGAUCCUUUUACAGAGGAGCUGGCCUGAAUGUAACCAGCGGUCGAUAUACUGCUCCAUUCACUGGACUCUAUGCCUUCUCUGCAAGACUCCGCAUUGAUUUUCGAAAACCUGUUCAGACCAGGGAUCCCCUGUGUUUUCUGCGUGUACAGCUCUGUAUCCUGUCCCUCUGCGAAGACUAUCUGUCUCUGCAACAAAUCAGCAGUUUCACCAGCCAUGAGAUUGCAGCUACAAUCACGCUGAAUGGAGUAUUGUAUAUCCAGGCCGGCCAAUAUGUGUCACUUUUCUUGGAAAACAGGAUGGACUCUUGGCUUGUGCUGGAGAAGGGCUCAGAUUUCAGCGGUGUGCUCUUAGGACAGUGAGCCAUGGUGUUUUUCUAGACAUUUUCAUUUUCAACUGAAUGGCCGAAGAUUUUAUUCACAGACCGGAUCCUCUAUAUUAUCUAAUAAUUUAAGAACUUUCAUAAAAUAUUUUAUAUCUUAAAGUAUGAUGGCUACGAAGCCAAUGGAAUAUUUCAGUAUUUUUCUUAAUAAAUAAA